GCCUGGAAUGGCUCGCCGGUGGCUUCCUCCACUGGGCACGACCAUAGCCUGCAUCUGCCGGACCAGCUCGGGCAUGCGGUUCCAGUGGCCCUCGGCGCGGCAGCGCUCAAGCUCGCUCUCUAUCUUCAGGCCUUGAAGAGUUUUUGAUAAUGACUUUCAGCUGAGAAUGAAACCAGCGCUUAAAACUCACCAUAAGAGGUUUUCUGUGUGCAGAAGGAAGUUUACCUUAAAGAGGUACCGGUGACCAUGAGAUCUCUGCGGCUGAUCAGAACCCCCUUCCUAUGCGGUCUGCUCUGGGCCUUUUGUGCCCCAGGUACCAGGGCCGAGGAGCCCAGGGUCGGCUCCUCCCAUCCUGGCAGCGUGGGCCUGGAUAAGAACACAGUGCACGACCAAGAGCAUAUCAUGGAACAUCUAGAAGGCGUCAUCAACAAACCAGAGGCAGAGAUGUCCCCACAAGAACUGCAGCUCCAUUAUUUCAAAAUGCAUGAUUAUGACGGCAAUAAUUUGCUUGACGGCCUAGAACUCUCCACAGCCAUCACUCAUGUCCAUAAGGAGGGAGGGAAUGAGCAAGCACCACCGAUGAGCGAAGAGGAACUGAUUAACUUAAUAGAUGGUGUUUUAAGAGACGAUGACAAGAACAAUGAUGGAUACAUCGACUAUGCUGAAUUUGCAAAAUCACUACAGUAGACGUUUGACCAUCUCCUAGUUAUUAUGCAAAUGUGACCCAUUACAAUGUGAUUGAACACUUUCGAUAAUGCAGAAUAACUCCUUUCCAACUACUGCUGAAGUAUUUUGGUAAAAACACGUAGCAAAUGUUACACUGGUGUGAGAAAGAGAAGUCGAGAAAUAAAAGAGAAGCAAAAUGGGACAUGUUGUAGUCCCCAAGUACUGUUCAAUCUCCUGUCAGACAAGGACUUGAUUAAAGAAUCUUUUUAAGAAUAUUGGAUAAUUGAAUAAUUGGAGUUGAGUACUCAGGAACAUGACUAUAGAAUAGUGCUAGUCUCUAGGUUUUAAUUCAUGCUACCUGAAAAGUAAGACAAGCUUUGCCAAGUGGACACACUUUUCAGUAACAGCGAAGGAAUGGAAUUAAUGCCAAAUGUUCCCCUGUGGGUCCUGUCUCUUCAAGUAAACGUGGUCAGUAUUCUGUAGAGUUCCCCUAGCUUAAAUGAUUACUUGCUUUGGGCAAGUGAUUAUUGAUAAAGCUAUUUAAAAGCCACAGCAUAACAACAAACAUCAGAUUUUGAGUUCAGCUAACCACAGAAUAUAUAUCUUUUGGCACUCUGGAUAUGAUAUACCACUGACCUAAGCGAUUAACCUUUUUCAGUUUUUCAAUAUUUUAUAAAACUACUGCCAUAUUCUCAUACUUUAUUUCUUUUAUGUCUUCUUCAACCUGGGAGAGACCUUGAAUUUAAAAACAUUCUUUAAUCAAUAGCAAAUGUUUUAGCUUUUCUUAAUAUUUGUAUUUAACUCUGUUUUUAGGAUUUUGUUUUUUCAGUUUAGAAAUUUAAGAGUGCAAGGAUUUAUCCCUCUUGCUCAAUACAGUGUGGGUAAAACUACUAGCUGCCGUAGCCUAUGUGAAAGCUGAAAAGAUUAUUCACCAAGCACAGUGAUCAACCUGUACAAGUGCUAGUUAGAAUGAGUGUUGUUUAAAUGACCUCUUCUAACCUAAAUAUGUGAAUUCUUUCAGAUCAGGAAAGAUUAGAAAAGAAGCCUAAAAACUCUUAACAGUGUGAAUCUCAAUAAUGGUUAAAAAUGAGAAGCAGCAGCAAACUGUAAUUUGGUUUAUUGGAUGUGAUGGACAUACUGUGAUAGAAAAAUCUUGAAAUGAUUGAACGGGGAAAAAAAACUGCAUAGAAUUUGCUGUAUGAUGUAUAGAGAUUUAUUUUAUUAAAGUAUUCUUAUAAGAAAACAUUAUUUGUAAAAAUGGUUUCCUGUGUCAAGUAUUUGUGCAUUUAGAGCUGAAUUAUAAACUAUUCUUGUAAAAUCUAGUUAUUUUGAAAGAUUUAUAUAACGAAUUCUGGAUAUAUGACCAAUAAAACUGAUGAAACAAA